AUGGAUCUCGUCGGCCAACUUCGUGCUUCAAUAUUGGCACAAAACCUUCCUCAUCCCUCAACUGCGUUUCUCAACUCACUUAUAACCACCCGCUCACCUCCACCACCGCUUCCUUCUCUUCUAGCCACUGCCAAAGCUCGAUUACUGGCAGCGGACUUGACCAGCAGUACAAUCAUUAGCACAGGCUCUCUUCAGAGUUUCCCUUCUGAUGCUGACUCUACAGAAUCUCGUGAGAAGCGUAUCCCGAGACCUGUCCAUGUGCAAGUGCUCGAUAUUGAGAACCUUGCCUCGAGUCGCUGGGAACAGGUUGAAGAGAUGGAGGCUGUGGUUAGGGGUGAGACUACUCGUGGGAGAGAAGUUGUUCGUGUUACAGCAGAAGACGAUGAUGAAGAUGGCAUUGAUGGUCCAACCCAGCGACCCCCAGCUUCUCGGAAUACAGCUGGCCCAAAACCAGCAGGGAAGAAUGCGACGCAUCGACUCGUCCUGCAGGAUUGCAAAGGAACAAAACUCUUUGCCCUUGAACUACGACGAUUUGACAGUAUCGGAGUUGGCAAGACUCAGAUUGGAGAGAAGAUCUUACUCAAGGCUGGGACGGUUAUUGCCAGAGGAAUGAUCUUAUUGGAGCCGGAUAAGUGUGUUAUGCUUGGCGGGAAGAUUGAGGCCUGGCAGAAAACAUGGGUCGAUGGACGAUUGGCGAGAUUGAAGGAGGAAAUAAGACAAAAUGAAAGACAGGCAUCGUGA